UGUUUGGAAUUAUCUUGGCAGGUUGUCUUGGUGCGGUGGAAUGAACCCUUUCAGAAACUGGCCACAUGUGAUAUGGAAGGAGGGAUUUUUGUGUGGAUCCAGUAUGAAGGACGGUGGUCUGUGGAGUUAGUGAAUGACAGAGGGGCUCAGGUGAGUGACUUCACUUGGUCACACGAUGGCACUCAGGCACUUAUCGCGUACAGAGACGGCUUUGUGUUAGUUGGCUCAGUCAGUGGACAAAGACACUGGUCCUCUGAGAUUAACCUAGAGAGUCAAAUCACCUGUGGCAUCUGGACACCUGAUGAUCAGCAGGUUUUCUUUGGUACAGCAGACGGUCAGGUGAUAGUGAUGGACUGUCAUGGGCGGAUGCUCGCACACGUUCUUUUGCACGAGUCCGAUGGGAUUGUGAGCAUGUCAUGGAACUGCCCUGACUUCUUGGUGGAGGACAGUACAGAGAGCGACACGGACUCUGACGACAACAUUUUGCCUUUAGUGCGCAGAGUCAAGCCUUUGUUGACCGUCACCUUCUUAUCAGGAGACAUCAGUUUAAUGAACAACUAUGAUGACCUUUCUCCUGCUGUAAUACGAUCAGGUCUGAAAGAUGUUGAGGCCCAGUGGUGCUCCCAGGGAGACCUCCUAGCUGUGGCCGGCAUGGAGCGUCAUGGAAUCCCUGCAGACAUUGCCUGUGCAUCCAUCAUGAGGAAUGCCCUUGUUAAGUUCUAUAAUGUACAAGGGGAACACAUCUACACUCUGGAAACACCUGCACAGAGAGCUAUCACUACCAUCUGUUGGGGUCACAGAGACUCUCGUCUGUUCCUUGCAUGUGGACCGGCACUGUAUGUGGUGCGUGUGGAGCACAGGGUGGCCAGCCUGCAGCUCUUAUGUCAGCAGGGCAUUGCAAGUGCCUUGCGGGAGGAGAAGGAUGUGGGGAAGCUGAACAUGCCAUCAUUGCUCUGCUCCUAUGUGACCUCGGCAUUCAUACCCACCAUUAAGCCUCCAAUUCCUGACCCCAACAACAUCCGUGACUUUGUCAGCUAUCCAACAGCUGGAAAUGAGAGGCUCCACUGCACCAUGAAGCGAGCAGAGGACAGUCCUGAGGCAGGCGGGCCCUGCUACACCCUCUACCUAGAAUAUUUGGGAGGACUGGUUCCUAUACUCAAAGGAAGGCGCAUCAGUAAACUACGGCCCGAGUUUGUCAUAAUGGAUCCAAAAACAGAUCCCAAAGCAGAGGAGGUGUGUGUGAACCCCAUGAUCUCAUAUACUGACAGCUGUAACUGUUCAGACUCCAGUGACAUUGAGCUGAGCGACGAAUGGGUCAGCAAGAAGUCGCCAAAGUUGUCCAGAGGAAACAGAAUGAACAUAGAGGGGAGAAAAUCUCCCAGACUCUCACGUGCCAAUCAGGAAGGCCAACGAUCACCACACUUACCAACAAAGAGGCCUCCAGUUCGGUCCCCUAGUCUGACACAUCGUGAGUUUUCUAUGGAUGGAAUCACAGAGCAUAAUUACCUUGCUCAGGUCACAUCCAACAUUUGGGGGACUAAGUUCAAAAUUGUGGGACUUGCCUCUUUUCUCCCGGCCAAUCUUGGUGCUGUCAUUUACAAGACAAGUUUGCUUCAUCUUCAACCAAGGCAGAUGACAAUCUACCUUCCAGAAGUGCGAAAGAUUUCACACGACUUUAUGAGCCUGCCUGUAUUCAACCCCAAUGUGUUCAGUGAGGAUGAGGAUGAUUUACCAGUUAUGGGGCCAUCUGGAGUCGCUGGAGACAAUCCUCCUUGCACAGCCAACAUUCCCAUUGCUCCAAUCCACAGUCCUGCUCAAGCCAUGUCCCCAACACAAAGUAUUGGUCUGGUUCAGUCACUUCUGGCCAAUCAGAAUAUUCAGCUUGAUGUCUUGACCAACCCAACAGCCAAUGCAGCAGUGGCGGCGGCAGCGGCAGCUGCUUCUGUCCCUGUUGCUGAUCAUGCUCAGGAUGCUGUUGCAUCCCCAUAUCCAGUGCCAUCUAGAUAUUCUAACCCUGGGCAGGUGAUCUUCAGUGGUUUGGAAAUGAGUCCUCUGCUCCCUGGUACCCUACCUCCACCACCUCACCAUCUCCCACCACAGCCACAUCCUCAGCGGACUCAUUCUCAGCAACCUCGCCAGCAGCAAUCAAAGCAGUUACAACAAAUUCAGCUGCAACAGCAACAGCAAAAAAUACAUCAUCAGCCCCAACCACAGCAACAACCACCACCACAGCAGCAACAAAUACAAGUGCAACAUCAACAGCUUCAGCAACUGCUCCACCAACAGCCACUACAACAUCAUCAACAGCAGCAACAACAACAACAACAACAACAACAUCAAGUUCAGCAACACCAACAAAUGCAACAAAAUCCACAACAGGUGUCCAGCCAGCAACUGCAGCACCAACAGCAAAUUCAACAGCAGCAAAUGCAGCUGCAGCACGAGCAGAUGCAGCAACAGCAGCAACAGAUGCAGCAACAGCAGCAACAAAUCAGACAACAAAUCCAGGAGAUGAGACAGCAGCAGCAGCAGCUCCAGCAGCAGCACCAGCAGAUCCAGCAACAACAUCAACAAAUGCAGAGGCAGCACCAGCAAAUGCAGCAGCAACUCAAGAUGCAGAUGUCUCUUCCCCCUCCACCCUCCGGUUAUCCAACUAUUUCCUUACAACAGCUUCAUCUUCUACCACAUAUUCCUCCUGCCAGUGAGCCUGGAACAGACCGGGGGGAGCAUGCACACACUCUGAAGCCAAGUCUGCCACGGUCUUUACCUCCAUCCUUCAAUGACAACGAUGGGUCUGUGGAGAUGCAGAUGAGGAAGGUGAAUCCUCCUCCUCCAUACCCUGGCACUGUGGUGUCCGGGGCAGCUGUUACAGCAGCUACCACACCUCAAACCCUUGUCACAAAUUGCGAUAGCCCAAGUGCCCUGUUGCCAGAUACCUGUCUGAAAAAAGAUGAAUUCUUGCUUCACCCUGUCACCUUACAUUACCCAACACCUCUAGGGUAUGAGAGGAUCACCACCUUUGACAGCAGUGGGAAUGUGGAGGAGGUGUGUCGCCCACGCCGGCGACUCAUUCACAACCAAAAUGCAUUUGCUGUUCAUGGUAUUGGAGGCUCAGCCACACUGAAAAUCACGUCAUCCGAGAGUAAAAAAAUUCAGCUUCCUUACAGCUCUGCAACACUGAGUCGUCUUUCUGUCCCUCGAUACACGAUACCCAGUGGAGACCCUCCUCCUUACCCUGAUCCAGCCAAUCAGGUAACUGCCACCCUUCCUCCCCCACAGAGAAUUGACAACAGUCUGAUUCAUGCCACUUUACGCUGUGACCGAAGGGACGUAGGACUCAAAGUGCCAACAGUGAUGGAAACCUCAAGAACCCUUCCCACCAAGUCGAAAAUUAACAGUGCCUUAGCACUUUCUUACCAGCAGAGGGUGCCCACUGCACUGUACACAUGCACCCAGUGCAGCAGCAACAGCAGCAGCACCAGCGUCAGUGUUAGUGGUGGCGGAACAACAAGUAGUGGCAUUGCAGGUGGCACGGUGGUGAGGCAGGACUUCCCACCAGGCAAAGGUGCACAUCAUAGUACCAUUAUUGUGCACUCUAAAAGUGCCUCACCCAUGGCCUCUCAGUCAUCUUACAAUUUGCUGAGUGCUGUUGAUAACAGCCGGGACAGAACAGUGUACGUUAACUCUGCUUUUACUGAAGAUGAGACUUUAAAACAGCAAUGUCACAUUGAAAAAUCCGUACGUCAGCUGACUCUCGGCGAUGGCAGUUUGACAGUUAAACGCCCUCCGCCUUACCAAUGGGACAACUCCAAUACAGAGGAGUUCUGGCUCACUCCUGAGCAACAAAUGUUAGCUCCCCCACCAGGACCACAUAAACCACCAACACUUAUCAUCAGUCAAGCACAGCAUUUAGACAUGACGCGGCUACCUUUUAUCCUCACGACUAAACCUCCAUCCAGUCCAAGCACAAACACUCUUGCUUUCCCAUCAGGUUACCAGAUAUCCCUCUCACCUUUUCCUGGUGUAGGUCACAGUGGACCUCAACUUCAGACGUUACAGAACCCUCCACCACAAUGUUCUCCUAAUGAAGUGAUUGCUCCAGUCCCUUUUGCUCAACAGGACCCCAAUUUGGUCUUGCCACCAGGCUACCCUACAAAUCUUGCUAAUUUAGCUUGCUGUCCGCUACCUCCAAUGUACCCAGGAGCCAGUUCGUGUGCUGGACUUCAGCUGCAUCCUGUUAACCUUCACCCCUGGAAUCCUUACCCCUGCCCACCUCCCAUGCAAGAUCCUCCAUCCCAUCCAGCGCCUCCCCUUCCUACCAAAACUCACCAGGUUUUAGAGAAGCCCAUUCUCUCCCCACCCCCUCCUACUGCGCCCCCACCACCCCCACCACCCCUCCCCCCUCCUCCCCCACCCAUAGAGCUGCCACCAUCUAAAAGUGCCACAGAGGAUUUAGCAGAAUCCAGCAACAGCUUUCCAGAGCCAUCAUCCCUAAAUGAAAGCCCCGUACCACAGGAGUCGGAGCGCUUCAGCAAAAAGGGCCGUAAGAGAUUGGACAGCAGAGCUGAGGAGGGCAACAUGCCCACUGUCUCAGAGGGCAAGUCCAGAAAGGAUGGGCGUGGUCUCUCAGACUUCAACACUCUCAUUGCCAGUCCAAGGCUUGGUGGUAGAGAGAAGAAAAAACCCAAGGGGCAGAGAGAACAGCUCAAUAAGCCCAAGAAGAUGAGCAGGACCACAAAUGAAUUCCAGGACAGCUCGGAGAGCGAACCAGAGCUUUUUAUUAGUGGUGACGAGCUCAUGAACCAGAACCAGAGUAGCAAAAAAAGUUGGAAGAACAAGCGCAGCCUGCGUAUGGCCAGUGAGCUGGAGGAGAUAAAGAGCCGGAAGGCCAAUGAAAGAGAGGACCGCAGUUUGGGCAGCCAAGGAUUUGUCUACGUUAUGGCCAAUAAACAGCCUUUAUGGAAUGAAGCCACGCAGGUCUACCAGCUUGACUUUGGAGGACGUGUUACCCAGGAGUCAGCAAAAAAUUUUCAGAUUGAGCUUGAUGGUAGACAGGUGAUGCAGUUUGGACGAAUCGAUGGUAAUGCCUAUAUUUUGGAUUUCCAGUAUCCUUUUUCAGCAGUGCAGGCAUUUGCUGUUGCCUUGGCCAAUGUGACCCAAAGGCUUAAAUGAACAGGCUGUAUUUUACUGUCAUACACUAAGUCAAAGGUGUGGAGUUUCUUGUUUGUUUGUUUUUUUUAUAG